GGCGCGGCGGGGCCGGGCCGGGGCCGGGGCCGGCCGGGAGGGGAGCGGCGGCUCGGCCGGGUCGGUGGAAGGGCCCCCCGGGCAGGGAAGGGUCGGUGGUGCGGAGGAAGCCGGCUGCGGGAUGAGGGUGCGCGCCUCGGGAGUGCCGGGGUGCGUUUGGCCGCGAAUUGUGAGUGCCUGAGGCACAAACCACAUCGUGCAAUCACUGCUCUGCUGAAGCACUACAUUUCUCUGAAGUUACUCCUGCUUUUAUUGGAUCUGCACAUGAUCACUGUUCACGCCGUGGGUGAAUUAGUAAUCAAGAAGCAUGAAGCAUGGUGGGAGAACUUCCUAACAGAAAAUCAGGAAUCUGUGGCACAAUUGCACUUUGUUGAAAAUUGUGGAAAGUUCUCUAGUGAUUAAAUUCAAGACAUGGGGCCUAUGAAAUACACAUCAAGUGUGUCCUCAGUGUCCUGUGGUCUGCAGUAUCACCAUUCAUUGAUGAAGUGGAGUCCAAAAGUGAAUUUACACAUGGUGAGGACUUACUGCCCGUCAGCACCCAAGAGGCCCGAAGCCAAGUCUGCGGUGGAAAUGGCCAUGGGUCUCCUUCAUCGGAUCACAGAAUCAGGGACUGUUAUGGGAAAAAACUCCCUCCAAAAAGUGUCUGCAACAUGCAGGAAUUGGUGGGACAGAUACGAAGAAUUUGUUGGAAUCAAUGAAGUUCGAGAGGCUCAGGGAAAAGUAACAGAGGCAGAAAAUGUCUUUAUGAUAGCUCGAGGGAUAGUACGAGAGGCUCGUGAAAAUGUAGAAGCCCAACAGAUUAAACUGAAGGAAAUUCGGGAUCGCUUAGACAGGGUCUCUCGGGAUGACACCCAGUAUUUAGAACUGGCUACUCUGGAACACAGGUUGCUGCAGGAAGAGAAGAGGUACCGAGCUGCAUAUUUAAAUGCAGAAGAAUCUGAGAGAGAAAAAUUCUCUCUCUUCUCUGCAGCUGUCAGGGAAAGCCAUGAGAAAGAGCGCACAAGAGCUGAAAAAACGAAGAACUGGUCUAUUAUUGGCUCUGUACUGGGAGCCAUUAUAGGUGUUCUUGGUUCCACCUAUGUCAAUCGAGUAAGGCUGCAAGAAUUGAAAGUCUUGGUGCUUGAAGCACAGAAAGGCCCAGUAAAUUUACAAGAAGCCAUCAAAGAACAGGCCUCCAGCCAUUACUUGCAGCAGAAAGAUCUCAGUGAUGUCAUAGAAGACCUAAAAAAUGUGCUGCAAACAACAACAGCACGGGGUGUGAAAGAAGGGGCUUUGUUAACUAGAGAAACCAGGAAUGACUCCAUAAAAAUAGAUUCUCUUUUAAUGCCUUUAAAUGAACAGCUAAACUACAUUAAACAAGUCAGUUCAUGUCUAGGGAGUUUACAACAGCAGUUUAACAGUCUGCAGGAAAGUAUCACGCAGGUGCUGUCUGAGCUGCAGAGUGUCAAACUCGCCAUCCACUCCCGACCUACAGAAAGAGUGAUGCCAAGGCCUUCAGGGGAGGGCAAGGGCCAGGCUGCUGCUGUGAGAGAUGUGAUUUUGGAAUUGUGUGAUACCGAGCGGAGACUGGAAACGCAAAUCAAGAGAAGUUCUAUUUACAGCACUGCACUGACAUGUGCUAUGUUUGCCAUUACUCUGCCUGUACUCUAUAUCAUACUAAAAGGGAACUGAUCCCUAAUUAAUUGCCACAACUUAUUAGAUUAAUAAAGGUAAGCUUGCACUCCAAGUACCUGGAGUACAAGUCCAAAUAAA